AUGUUUGCCGUGGUAAGCGUUUCGAAUUCUCAUGAAGCUAACUGGCCUAAUUUAGUGGCAGACCGCUUAGCUUUACAGGCGAAAAUUGGUUAUACUGUUGACAUUAUAACAUUCGAUAACAAUGCUGGAAGGGAAACUGCUAAAAUACUUUGGGUGAAACCAACAACAGUUAGGCAGAUAAAACGACUAGUCCGUGGAGCUAAAGAAUUGGGGCUUGGAAUACGUGUAGUUGGCGCGGGUCAUUCGAUGUCUCCGAUGUUCCCAGACCCCUAUAUUCAGAUUGGGGUAAGCCUUGAUGACCUUCGUGGGGAGAAGUAUCACUUAAAUCAGGAAAGGAAUAAAUUGACGGUUUUAUCAACCGAGAGACUUGGAGAUGUUUUGAAGUGGGCAGCUGAAAAGGGAGUGACAUUAGGCGCAGUCCCGUUUGCCCCUAUAUUAACAAUUCCCGGUAUUACCGCUACAAGUAGCCACGGAUCAAGUAUAAAGUUUGGACCUUUUGCAAAUAUGGUGUAUGGAUAUGAGCUAGUAGAUGGGAGUGCCAAUGUCAGGAAGUUUAACGAGGAUGAUAACAAGGAGAUCAUUGAUGCAUGUAGGGUCCAUCUAGGCUUAUGUGGUAUCAUAUACAAAACAAUCCUGAAGGUUAUCCCCGACAUCAAAUUGAAAUUCUCGGUUGCCAACAUUCCUGUACGAAAGCUUCUGAACAAUGAGAAUCGAAAGGAUCUUGUACUGAACAACUGGGGAGUCUCGUUUAUGUUACCUUCUCAACUCAAAUCAGCUACGCAAGAUGAAAUUGUGAAUAUGAUAUCCGAAUCACCUCAGAGGAUUCCAGCAGACAGUUAUGAUAUAUUUAAAGAAGAUAUGAGUGUGUGGAUAUGGAGUGACAUUGAUCAGAAUACAGUGUCACGUAAAAAGUACAAUGAUACUCUUGAGUUAGCUGACGGAUCUACAUAUGAUGCAGUGUCUGUGAUUAAACCAUUCUCUGAAACAAGCAAUGCUGGAUAUGUUCAUACCAAAGAACAAUGUAUUCAACCGAGAUCUACAACAUCGUUUUCAACACCAGAGUCUGACGACUUCAUGGAAAGUGGCAAAACUAUGGCGAAUUCCCUACAUGUAGUGGAAGAAAUAUUCAAAAACACACGGUUCCAUACUGGUGUCACAUAUGGAACUCUAGGUUUUCGAUGGAUGAGGCUUAUUGAUGAUUGUCUCUUGUGUACGACAAAGGUUGCAAAUAAAAGUUCGGAGUACAAAUUGGUGAUGUAUACUGAGAUAUUCGUAGAUAAUGACAAAUGUGAAGAGCCUAUUCUUAAUGAUGAUACGCUUGAGAAACUUUUAAGCUUGGAGUCGCGGUUUGGAGUUGCUGUAAUGAAGAACAACUCUCGAGCUCUGUCACAUUGGGGAAAGAGAGACAAACACAUCCCUGGAUCCUCUGAUCGUACUAGACGUCAAUUCGGAGAUGACCUUCUGACCUUCAUCAACAUGCGCAACAAAUAUAAGCUGGAUAACAAGAACCUGUUUGUCAAUACUCAUUUGAAGGAUAUAUUUAGAGAUACCUUUGCUUAGAAGACUCAUCUGAUGCCUAUUUACUCCUGUUCUCAAUAAACAUAGAUCAAAAGCACCCAGAUGAAUCAGGGCGUAACGAUUUUCUAGUUUAAUAUUGUGCCCCCCCCCCCCCCAUCUCCGUGUAAAAGCGACUUCAAUGAUCGAUUUUUCAUUCGAGAUAAGACAUCCAAUUCAUAAUAAAAAAUGUUAACAAACG